GAAUUGAAAUCGGAACAUCGAAAUUCGAAAUUAAAUAUUUCGGACAUUUUUCUGUUACUGAAAUUACCAGAAUCAACUUCGUUUUAAUCAGUGUUAUCAGCAGACGAUUUUUCGAUUUUUUGAUGUGCAACUGAAGGACCAGCAUCCAUGGUCAUGAAAUAAAUUAAAAAAUUAUAAUUUGAGGUUAUUAUUUUUGUUUUUGUUGAAUAAAAUAAUAGGGGUUUUUAUUUUGUUACUUCAUGAGAGAAAAUAAAUAAACAAUAUACAGAUUACAGACACUAGACAGGUGUGAAAUGAUAUUUAAAUAAGAAAAAUAUUAAGUCGGAGAAGUGUGCAAGUUAGCUGAGCUGAGUUAUAUAAAUAAUAAAUGUCUCAUCAACUAGGCCGCCUAAUUUCACAAAUUCUACACCGAUAUUUUGGUGACCUAGUCCAAAAUGUUGGAUACGAUUUGUUUACUUAUGGUAGCAAACCCAUUGUUAUGAUAACAAAGUCGACAGGGUUAACCCGGUUGCAAGUAAUUGAAUGCCUCCGAACCUUGUUGAAAUUUGAUUUAGCAGUUUUUGAAGCCACCGGCGUUGCUAUAACCUACAAACUUGUCCCAGAUAAUGUCUUAUUACUUAUAAGAUAUCCAAGAUAUCUUCUUCAAAUAAAAAGUAAAUAUGGCAGUGAAGCUGAGCUUAUUGUAGAGGAACUGUUACAAAAGGCUAACUCCACAGCAACACAGCUAUUGGUUACAAUAGCAAACAAAUACAAAGAUGAUAAGGAGAAAAAUAUUAACAUUGUACAACUUAAGGAUACAUUCAUAAGCUUGGCAACUGCCGGUUAUAUCCAGCAGUCACCAGUAGCAGAAAUCAAGGAAGGCAGUGAAAUUCCAACUUUAGUGCCUGUUGCCACUAUAGUUCCAGAUUUGGACGCUCGGGUACUCAUGCAGGCCAUGGCAAACCCAGCUGACGUAAAAGAUAAUGUUUAUUGGAGAGUCAACUACGAUAGGUUUCACCAAGACUUCAGAGAUGAAAUCAUGAUCAAGGCCAUGACGAGGCGCGUUGAUGACAAUGCGGGUGAGAUAAUGUGUUUGCUGCUCAAGCAAAUGUACCUGGUUUCUGCAGCUUGGGCCGAGGAGUCUACCCCCACAGCUGUGACUGAUAUCCGGGAGCAUGCCAAGAGGCUAACAGAUCGGCCGCUGUUGAUGCAACACCUAGACCACUACCUCAAGGUGAUGGAGGAGAACGGGGCUGGAUUGAUCCGUCGCGCGGGCGACGCGGGGGGCGGCCAGUACGCGGUGCGGGGAGCGGGCGCCGCGGAGAGGUUGCUGUGUGACGUCAUCGAGCACCUCGUCACAGAGCGGCUGGGCUCCAACGCGGCCAGGGUGUUCCGAUUGAUUCGUGCCAAGAAAUACAUAGGAGAGGAAGAUAUACAGAAGAAUGCAAUGUUACCUAAUAAACUUUGCAAAGAGCUCACUUACAAGCUGCUAGAAGAACACUUUAUAAGUGUUCAGCCAAUGAGACGAGCUGGUCAGGCGCAAGGAGGAAAGGCAAUAUAUUUAUACAACGUCCACUUGUAUGAGGUGGCUCACACGGCCCGAGAGAUGUGCUACCGGGCGCUACACAACCUGAUGCUGGUGUCGGACGAGACUCGCGCCAAGCACGCUCGCGCGCUCGACAAGCAGCGCCGCGUGCGCAGUAUAGUGCACGGGAUGCGCGUGCGAGGUGAGCCGCAGGAGAACAUUGACGAUGUGCUGGAAACACUGACUCCUCCUGAGAUGGCCCUUCUACAGCAAGUCGAAAAACAGCUGAAGCAGCUCAGCGCUGCGGAACUUGAGCUCGAUAGGAAUUUGUUUAUAUUCAACUGGUAUUUUAUGUACCCACAUUAGUGCAGUAAAGUAUAAUAUCAAAAUGGCGGAUUAAAAAUGUGAUUGGUUUGUUCUGUCGAUAUAUUUAUACAAUGUGAAUGUAAAUAAAGUGUUGUAUUAUAAUAA